GAGGUGGACGUGGGGUCGGCGUCACUAACGCUAACCCAACGUCACUGACGCACACCGCUGGUCAGACGGAGGGUUAUUAAAGAAGGUGUUGUUAAACAGGAAGUGAUACGCUGGCAGCGCGUCCACUCCUUUACAGCCGUUUUACAACGUGUCAUCACAGUGGGUAAAAGUACCAGUUCCCCGCCGCCACGUCGUGAGUCCGUACGGCGAUCGACCCUUUAGAUCGCCUUAUUUGCCUGGAUCGGCGCUCGGGAGAUAACGGGCUAAUUCCGAUGUGUGGUCCCGACUGAGAAGGAGGUCUCACUCUGCUGCUUAUCCAGCGCUCUCAAAGCGGACCGGUUGGAAAUCUCAGAGCAGGACGCUUUCACUAACUGCAGACUAGACUGAGGGGUGGACCUCUGCGGCGGAGGCUCCACCGAACCCCUGAGACCGACUCACCGAACCCCUAGGGUUCGAUCGAACCCAGGUUAAGAACCACUGCUCUAGAUUAUAUAAAAACCAAACAAGAAGAUCUUCUUCCACCAUUUUUAUUUACUCAUUCACACGUAACAGCAACAGAAGUGGACAAAAGUUUAGGCCUCAUCUGUCUGCCUUGAAAUUAGGAACCGGUCCCGCAGAGCCCCGUCUUCCAGUGGGCAGAUGUUACCAGCUGUCGCUGCUCAGAGUCCAGAGAGGACGGAAAACAAACAGGAUCUGCCAGAGCUUCAUGUGGCUUGCCUUUAUGGGGAACUCAUUUCCAUCCAGAACCUGGUGGAGGCCAAGCAGUGGUGGAUCAACAGCAGUGAUUCCCAGGGACACCGCCCACUUCACAUGGUCUUGUUCUUCGGGGCCUCCCCCAACACCUCUGCCUGCCUCAGAUACCUACUCGAGCAUGAAGCUGAUGUCAAUGCCACCACACACUCAGGGCAGACCCCACUGCACCUGGCUGCCUCCAAGGGCCUCCUCAGGUGCGUAGAGAUGCUGGUGAAGGCUGGAGCAGACCUGAUGAAGAAGGACAGCAUGGGGCAUACACCUCUGGACUUGGCUCGUAUAUGGUGCCACAGGAAAGUAGCAAGGUAUCUGAAAAGCUGUUUGUGGCAUGCAGACAAGAAGAGAGAAAUGGAGGAAAGAAAAUUGGUUCAAGCAUUAUACGGAGAUCUUGUGAAUACUGCCAAACAGAAAAAUAAUGAUAAAAAGACACUCACUGAUGAGAAGAUGGCGGAGUGGGCAAACAAGAAAGGCUUGCCUCUCCUGAAGGAUUUCUCUUCCAGAGUGCAGAGAGUGAGCCAGUACCAUGCACAGUGUCUGUUACCAGACCAGACCAGCUAUAAACCAAAACAAAGCAAAAGCUUGUGUAAGCGCAAGCCAGAUGACCCUCAGGAAGUAAGGAGCACUCAGUUAAAGCAACCUGCAGCCUUAUCUACCAGUCCCUGGAGUAUUUUCAUGGGCCUCCAGCCAGAGAAACCCCCUGCAGAGCUGGACCUCAGAGACAGUGUCACAUUGUGGAAGGACACUAACAGCAGACAGCUUCAGUACAGCACCAAGUGGGAUGACAUGCCUCAUUCCAUCCCUAAACUACCUCUGGAUGUGGUUGAAAGGGUGCUGUUCCCAAGAGCGUUCCCCUCAAGGAUCGCCACACUGCAGCAGUUUGAGCCACAGAAUAUUGACAAGGUCCAACAUCUAGGAUGCCCUCAGGGGCGGCGCACCUCCCCUUGGACAGAGAUGGCCAUGCACCUGGCUGAGAUGCUAGAGCCUGGACACUACUGAGCAAAUUUCAUCUAGAUGCUGAUUGAUGGAUAUAGAAGAAACACAUUAAAACUCAAUUUAAACUUAAUGUAAAAGUUAAAUGUUAAGAAGCCAUCAUGCAGGAAAACAGGGUUUUGGCAUCACUUAACAUCAAACAUCACUUUGAUAAACCCAGCAACUCUUUUACAUGUAAACUUGAGCAGAAUUAUGCACCCCACCACAUCAUAGCAACUCCUCAGGAAAAUUUGAAAAAACAAACCUACGAGCCCAAGAGUCUGAUAAAACAUUUGUACUGUGUGCUGGAUAAAACCCAAACCACAAGUGCUUUACCCUGAAAUUCCAAAUAGACCAAAAGAUCUUAUGGUUUCAGUGUGGUUUUAUAAAAUUUUAGAGCCAUAAAAAAAAGAAACCUUUCACUUCUACAACAACCAGCCAGGCCACAAGCUCUGCUCAAAGCAACAUCAAAAAUGCCACACACUCCAGAUGCUGUGGCGACAGAAGCAGGGUUAGCACAGGGGUGAGUGAAAGGUGAGAAAACCUCAGUGAACUGGGUCACCUGUCACAGAUGUAUCUCUGCACUUUCACUGAUCUCCCCCAGGGAAAUGAAUUGGGAUCCAGGUGAGGGCUUGUCAACAGCAUGCGAGUGCAAACCACGAGCUGUGGCCUGUCAGAUGAAGAUACGUGUAUAUGUGUGUGUGUAUGCACACGUUGUGGUUUUGUCUUUUUUCUUUUACUUCAUGAAGCACUUCACACCUCAGUGGGGGUCAAAGUCCACACUGGCAUGAACCUGGUACUCCCUCUGUGAAAAACCCACAUGGGACUAGGAUAACUUAAUGCCAUCCAUUUUGACUGUCAGACACACAAACUCAAAUCCUUGACAGAGCAAAGCUUUAAAAUUUAUAGCUGACUGGUUACUCUGACCUUAUUUAAUUGAAAAUAACCAUGACUACUACUUCUGCCUUGUCUUCUUAAAAUGCCAAGCUGUAAAAAUAACCAGUUGUUCAGCAAGUUAGUUGAAACAAAAUCUUUUAUUUCACAGUUGUGUGCAUACCAGCCCAUGACGAAUCAUACAGUAAUUGGUAAAAAGGAUUUCGGCAUCUUCAAUGUUUCUUUCAUAAAACCACACUGAGCACAUGUCAGUCCCCCCAAAAAAACCAGUCAUCGUAAAAAAAAAAUAUAUAUCAUUGCACAGGUUUGAUCUUUAGAAGGAUUUACAUUUGCCUUUGAUGCUGAUCUUAAUCUUCAAUCAAUUAAAAAAAAAAAAAAAAAGCUGUUUCUCUUUUCAAAUUCUUACAAACAGUUCAAAACCCAGACAAGCAGGAAGCCACUCUAGGAUGCUGGUGAUUGUGAAUGUGCUGAAGCAGAUCUAAACUAAUUCCACAAGAUGAUUUAUUCUAGCAGCCAAAUGGAGAUGAUCCAGGGUAGAAAUAAACUACCCUGAGGGUUAAGUGUCUUUUUAUACCUGCUUUUCAGCUCUGUGAUGUUGCACUGUAGUAUAUUUAUACCCGAUUACACCUUGUAGUGGGAAUAAGACAAAUUCUUUACAGCUUUACAGAGCGCCGUUUCUUAUGUACUUAAUUUAGUUAAGGGUUUGUAUAGUCACCAGUAGCAUUAUAUUUUUUCCCAGCAGCUGACUUGUCAUUUAAAUAUUGUCUGUGAUUUUCUUUCUAGGAUCAUCCUGUAUUGUACAAGUAGUCUGUCUCAUUAAUCUUAAAACCCAUCACAAGUCAGGAAGAGGAUGUUUUUAAGGGUCCCGCUGCCACACUACCUGGCUUUAACACUACUUUGUGUCUUUAAGUAGAUAAAGGUGAGACUUACCAUAUAUAAAUGAAAAAAAAGCUUAUUCAAGAAGACUUCUAAGUAUUUUAACUGCUCAGCCCAAAAUUUACACUUUGUUGUUGUUAAUUUCAAACUCUGCUCAUACAUACUUUAAUACUAAAACUU